CUUCGCAUAUGUUUGGAGUCUCAUCAUAAUUGCCAGCAACUGAGUACCAAGGAGUUCAUGCCUACAAGACUAAUCCAAAUUCUCCGCCAUGGAAAUACUACCACUUACCGACUUCGGGAGACGUCGCAAAACGCAAUCGAGCACUAUGCCGCGCUAUCUUACAGCUGGGGUGGCGACCAAACCUUCAAGACAACUGCAAAAACCAUUUCCCAAUAUAAAGGAAAAAUUGUAGCCGGCAAAUUACCGCAGAGCCUCCAAGAUGCUCUGAUUGUCACGGAGCGGUUGGGACUAAAAUACAUCUGGAUUGACUCCCUAUGCAUUAUCCAGGACGAUGACAGCGACAAAUCAAAUGAGAUUGGCCAAAUGGGUAGAGUCUACGGCUGUGCAGCGGUCACAAUUGCUGCAUCACGGGCGAGAACUGCUUGGGACGGGUUCCUAAGUGAGCGGUCAGCCCUUGGCUCCAAUCUACCAGACCUAAACACUGAGCCCUUAGGUCUGAGAGGCUGGACCUUCCAGGAACGCGUGCUAUCCAACCGCGUCCUCGACUUCAGCUCCCUUCGCACACACAGCCUGGCACUACACAACGCAUACGGGUCUUUCGGGAUAAAUCCUGACGUUAUCUCCAAGCUUGUCACCGGGCAGUUUACACCACCGGCCAUGCUUCAGAGCUGGAUGAGAAUCGCGGAAGGGUUCUCGGCCAGAGCGCUGAGCUUCACGGCGGAUAAGCACCCAGCUAUAGCGGGAAUGGCGGAGUCCUUCGGACGCUGUCUCCGUCAUCAAGAGUACUUCGCGGGGCUUUGGGAGUCCGCAAUGCCUCCCUGCCUCCUUUGGGCCAAUGCAGACAUUAAUUAUGAGAACCUCCAGCCGAGACCUCCGCGUGAUCAAGUAUGCGCUCCUACUUGGUCGUGGGCGGCCAUUGGUGGGCGCAUAAAGUAUGAUCGACUCUACACCGACGCGUAUGACGAUGUCCACUUCGAGGUCCAAGUCCAAGAUUGCCAGGUAUCACUUGUCGACGACAAAUCGCCUUACGGAGCUGUCAAAUCCGGCAAACUAAGACAAGACAUCCCGCAAGCUGAAAUUUGCUGCAUGUCACAAUGAAAGGAUAGUACAUCUCAUAGGCUAAAUUGCCAAACCUGACACGCGUGUAAGUGAGUGAUGCACCGAGGUUCAUUAUUCUUGUAGCCACAAUAUACAUACAUCAGGUCGAUGGGCACGGCUAAGAACCUGUCCCGUUUGGUGCGGAUCGUAUAAAAGAUGUAGCAGAAGCAGUAGAGAAUGGCGCAUGAUAAUAUCAGGAAGUCCUGGACGAACAGAUAGCUCUGUGGCGGAUUAAGGGCCAGAUCUGAUGGUUGGACAAUAAGGUGGCGCUUUUCGAGCGAUUUGGCCAACGUGAAUGGCAUGGUGUCAAUAGCUCUCAGAACUCGAAAAUGAGGUUUUGUGCAAGUAGAGAGACAAUCUGCCCAUGAAAGCCAUCGGGCCAGCGUGUUCUAU